GUGAAGUCACCCUUCCCGGAAGUCCAUCACAGGGAGGUGUUUCAAAACCAUUUGUGAUGAUGAGGCUACUGAAGAGCAGAGGAGAGAUUGGGUUAGGACCUGACCUCUCCUACUUUCCCCAGAAAGCUCCUGUUCCAAGUGUGGGAAACCUGCCAAAUCUGCAUCUUCCAAAACAACACAGGAACUGGAAUUCAUGGAGAGUCAUUUCUCAGCGGACUGCUUUCCCCAGAGAGGCACGCCAGGCUCCACCGGUUGUGAAAGUGGUCGGUAGCAACAUCUCCCACAAGCUGCGGCUCUCCCGGGUCAAGCCGACGGACGAAGGGACCUAUGAGUGCCGGGUCAUCGACUUCAGUGACAGCAAGGCGCAACAUCACAAAGUGAAGGCCUACCUGCGGGUAGAGGCAGAGGAGACCAGCGAGCCACACGGCCACCACUCCCCGACAGGGCACCUGCAAGACACCCAGCUGCUGGGGUUGCAGCUCUCUGACCACAGCAAACUGAGUGGCUCCCACUCACAUCACCAGCACCACCACCACAAACCAGGGAAGGAGCUCAAGAAACGCUCCGUGGACGAUGCUUCCUGUGCCCUCUAGACUGGUUUGCAUUCAGAGUGAUGGUACUGAAUGGCCUGACGGAGUUUCUCCCUCCUCUACAGACACACCCACACAUGCACACCCACAUGUCCCAUCCCAUUUGGUGAUGGGAACAUGAUAUCUCAGUGGCCAGAGCAGUUUUGGCCCUGGUUGCUGGAGAAUCAGUGUAAAACGAAUGCCACAAACUAGAGUCAUCCCCAUUCGCAUGAACCCCUCUGUCACCAUCCCUUCCACUCGGCCAUAUAGAUAUGUAUUUUUAACAUUCCUUCUAACGAUGAAUUCUCCCCUGAAUGGACAAUGGGCUGCUUCUGGGACUCCGAAGGCGAAAUGGAGUCACUCCAGGGUGGAUUUAGACGGAGGAAGCCCGGUUUGUCAGCCUGGACUGUUUCACUGGCUGCUUCUCCUGGCUGCCUGUAACCACAGGAGUAGAGGAGGGCGUUUUCCCAAGGGAUGCAGCUGCAGAUACAACCUUGGGACCUGUGGUGGCAUCCAAGCAGGACUGUCAUCUCUGUUUGUCUUUUGGAAGUAUUUAGGGUGCCCAAACAUGGGCCUGAGGUCACUCGCCUUGCUGUGAGGAGAUUUAAUUCAAAGUCGGGACUUUCCCCAGCUUUGGGGACAUCUUAAGCCACAUCUGGCUGACCCUCACCGUCUGUAUUGCUAGCUUCUUAUGCCAUUUGUGAACCCCUCGGAGAUUCUCAGCCUAGAGUCUUUGUAAAAUGAGAUUUCCGACAAAUACUGUUUAGACCAUUACUUUUAACUCACUCGUAUCAAGCUGUGUAACUAUGAAAUUGAUGGCUGUAUAUUGUAAAUAUAACUGUUUCUCUCCCUUUUAUUGCCCCACUGCACCCAGGACAUUGACUGGGUCCCCGUGAGUUUCCCAAGAAGACACAUCACCCCUGUGCACUCAACACAACAUCUGUCAGGUGAAAAUAAAUUUUCUUCUUUAACAUUAAAUGACUGAGUGUAGAACAAGCAGUAUGCACUUGGGGAUCUGGUCACUGGAAAAUCCUGUCUUUAAAAAACAAAACAAAAUUGAUGGCUCCUUAUGACUCCCGAACUUACAUAGAGAUUUCACAAAUGUCAGUGUUCUUUUUUUAAUGUGACACUCCAACCUGUGUCCCCAGAACGACACAUGUGGUAUAUUCUAGUGAUGCUGUUUAACCUGGUACCAGAGCAAAAUAACAUGGUGGUACUUUGCCAGCCUGAAAGGUAGAUUUGGAGGGCAUGUCCAGGACCUGUCAAUCACCAGCUAUUGCGCACACAGAAGGGGAAAUAGGAGAGGUUACCCUGGAGGGUGUGGAUAUAUUCUCAGGACUGCCUCUUACGAUUUUUUUUAACUUGGGUAAAAAAAAAAAGCUUGGGAACAUAUGAGGCUUCUGCUUUUUUAUGCAGUCUCAG